AUGAGUACCAAUUCUUCUUACUAUCUCACCUUCAAUGACGUUUUCUCCUCCCAUGAGCCUCUUGUUCCACGUAAGCCCUUUCUCCUCAGAAACAUUCAAGUUCUUGAGCUUUUUCUUGCCCUUUUCGCCUUUAUCGCUAUACAUUCCUUGCGUCAGAAGAAACACUACGGUCUUCCUGUAUGGCCCUUUCUAGGCAUGCUUCCUUCUCUAGCUUUUGGCCUCAGAGGAAACAUCUACGAGUGGCUAACAAAUAUCCUCUCUCGUCAAAACGGGACAUUCCGUUUCAGAGGCCCUUGGUUAAGCAGCCUCAACAGCACUAUUACUUGCGACCCAAGAAACGUUGAGCAUCUCCUCAAGAACCGUUUCUCUGUCUACCCUAAAGGCUCAUACUUCCGAGACAACCUUAGAGACCUUCUAGGAGACGGAAUAUUCAACGCCGAUGACGAGUCUUGGCAGAGACAGAGGAAGACCGCAAGCAUCGAGUUUCAUUCAGCUAAGUUCAGAAACCUAACUACUCACUCCUUGUAUGAGCUUGUACACAAGAGACUCUUACAAGUUCUUGAAGCUUCUGUUAAAACCUCUUCUCCUAUUGAUCUACAAGACGUGUUGUUGAGGCUAACGUUUGAUAACGUAUGCAUGAUUGCCUUUGGAGUUGAUCCAGGAUGUCUAGAUCCAGACCAACCUGUAAUACCCUUUGCUAAAGCCUUUGAGGACGCGACAGAAGCUGCAGUUUGUAGAUUUGUUAUGCCUACUUUCGUGUGGAAGCUCAUGAAGUGGCUUAACCUAGGAACAGAGAAGAUGCUAAAGGAGUCAAUAAAAGGUGUGGAUGAUUUUGCUGAUGAAGUUAUCAGGACGAGGAAGAAAGAGCUCUCUCUUGAGGUUCGUGUCGGUAAACUCGAACCGACUAAACCUUUUGGGUCCGGGUCAAAGCGGGAGAAGUCUUCACGGGUCAAGAAAGCGUCGCGGGUUGACCCGUUAAUUGGAAUAUCAAUCAUAAUGCUAACGCUAGUGAUCAUGUUGAUGUGGGGACGUUUGUGUGCGAUUCUUUGUACGUGUACUUGGUGUUACUUUCUCCCUCGUGUCAAACGCAAACGCAAUGGUGGCGGUAAAACUGAACGCAAAGAUGAUUUGGAUUUGAACUCUCCGGCUUAUAAGAAAAAAAUCGUUUUGGAAGGAUUUCUGAUACGACAGCAACGUCGUGUUUAG